UUAGACACGCCCACUCUUGUGACACGCCCACUUCGAUUCUGCAGAUAACCCCUUCUGGCUGAGUGGUUACUGAUCACCAAACAGUCCACGUCCUCUGAUCCGGUCCAGGCUUCUCGAGCCUGCUCCAGUCCGGGUCCUUCAGAUCCGGUCCGGGUUUCUCCGGUCUGAUGACAGACCACUUCACAGGAGCAGCCCUCUGAUGUAUCCCUCCGCGGGGUCACACACUUUUUACACAACACAAACGAACCGAGUACGACRCCGAACAAACUCACACUGACACCGAACCGGGCCACGCUUGGAUCGAAUGUUGCUUUAAUCUCGGUGUUCGGAGUUAAAUUUGUUCAGGUUCCGGUUGGACCUGCGGUUCGGCAGAGAGUGUUUUCUUGGAUCUACUUCUCCUGCUGGUGCUGACAGGCAGUACUUCGGUCGCUCCCAAACAUGGCCUCCAUGACGGAGCGGCCGCUUCAACUUUAAUUCUUCACCGAUUUUCAGCUCGCAGACUGCGUUCCUCCGGCUCUACGGCCCACGGGGAUGUUUCCACGGAGAACCGGGUCACGGCAGACCGGGGAAGCGGAUGUGAUCUGUGGGAGAAGUUCACUAUCAAACACGUCGCUCUAAGUUCGGCUGAAAGCUGGACAGAAAAAAGAGAACCGCAUCAAAUCAGCUGAAGCAGUGUGCCUUCUGUUACCGUGGCGACCAGCCUCCUCUGGGCCAGGGCCGCCUGCUGGUGUUUGGCCCAACACCGGGCUACAUCCCGCUCCACAUUCUCAACCGCCGUGCAUCCUCAGACCAGGACGACGACUGCCACGACCACUGUUACAAUGGCAACCAGGCCCCGCCCACAUGCAGCAGUCCAGAACCGUGUGAGGAAGAGUCUUCUUCAGAGUUCAUCAGGCAGCUUGGACCCAUCGGCCUUCCCUGUGACAUCAACGUCCAAUCACUGUUCGACGCCACAGGUCAGUGCUGUGCUCACCUGCAGUGUGCCUCCUGGUCAGAGGGCGUUCGUCAGGGCGAAGGUCAGUCACUGCUCUUUGUGGACAAAGCCAUCGAUUCAGGAAGCACUCAGGUGUGCGCAUUCUGCCAGAGGCUUGGUGCAACAGUGCGUUGCCAUGAGACAGAGUGUGGGCGGAGUUACCACUUCCCCUGUGCUGCUGCUGCUGGCGCUCACCAGGAUUGGAGCCAGAGGCGCACGUUUUGCACGAGGCACGCCCACACAGCCUCAUCGCAGUGUGUGUCGUGUUCAGACGGUGCCAGACCUGGUGGCCUGCUAAUGUGCAGUUGCUGUGGUAACUGUUACCAUGGCAGCUGCCUGGACCCGCCUCUGAGCCCCUCCCCUCUGUGUCGGGCUGGGUGGCAGUGUCCCGAGUGUCGAGUGUGUCGCAGCUGCAGGUUACGAGGAGACGAAGCUGUGCUGYUGGUGUGUGAGCGGUGUGAUAAAGCUUAUCACACGCACUGCCUCACACCACCUGUUGACUACGCACCGAGCACCGGCUGGAUCUGCAGGAACUGUAGAGUCUGUCGCCGCUGUGGUGUAAUGUCAUCUGGCCAAUGGGCCAAUCACCUGUUUCUGUGUGAGUCAUGUGACCCCRCCCUGCCCUGCCUUCUCUGUGACCCUGCCACCGACCAGUCCACACUGCGGGAGGUUCUGGCUUGUACCCACUGCUACAGGUCGAUCCAUUCAGAAUGUGUAGAACAGGCUGGAGGUGGUAGGGCGGMUUCUGAAGGUUACAUCUGCUCCUCCUGCAGGUCUCAGAAAACAGAGCUAAACUCCUUGUCCAUCAAUCAGACCUCAGUACAACCCACUAACAUUUCACUGUCACAAGUUUCAACCCAACCUGAGACUCCACUCAUCAGUCCCUCUGCUCACAGCCUGGUCUGUCUCAUCAGUUCAGAGCCACAGCCCAGUCCUGUACCAUCUCCUACAGACCAUCAAACAAGUUCUCAACCUGAAAAGAAGCAGAACAGCCCUGGACCGUCUAUUGAAGACCUCCAAAUCAGUCCUCGACAAUCUACCACAGCCCUGAAAGACAGCUCUGCACUGUUGCUAAAAGACUUGGAAAGUAGUGCUGCACUGUCUUCUGUAGGGCUUCAAAGAAGUCCAGAAUCAUAUUUAAAAGAGAUUAACCAAUGUCGCUCAGUGUCUCCCAAUGAGACUUCUCAAAAUCCCUCACCAGUUUCUACAAAACACAAACAUUCUGCUGUACAAUCUCCUAAAGCAAUCUGUCAAUGUACUUUACCAGCUGCAGAGGAUCCCCAUCAAAAUAUACUGUCAUCUACAGAGGAACCCCAUCAAAACAUCUUAUCAUCUACAGAGGACCCUCAUCAAAACAUACUGUCAUCUACAGAGGACCCCCAUCAAAACAUCUUAUCAUCUACAGAGGACCCUCAUCAAAACAUACUGUCACCUACAGAGGACCCCCAUCAAAACCUACCAUCUACAGAGGACCCUAAUCAAAACUUACUACCAUCUACAGAGGACCCUAAUCAAAACUUACUACCAUCUACAGAGGACCCUCAUCAAAACCUACUACCAUCUACAGAGGACCCUCAUCAAAACCUACUACCAUCUACAGAGGACCCUCAUCAAAACCUACUACCAUCUACAGAGGACCCCCAUCAAAACCUACUACCAUCUACAGAGGACCCCCAUCAAAACCUAAUAUCAUCCACAGAGGACCCCCAUCAAAACCUACUAACAUCUACAGAGGAGCAGAACCAAAGCCCUGUACCUUCUACAAAGGAAUUCCAUCAAAGUCCUGCACCGUCUACAGAGGUUUUCCACAAAAGUCCCACACUUUCUAAAGAGGAGCAGCAUCAAAGCCCUUUACCAUCUACAGAAGAGCAGCAUCAAAGCCUUGCACCAUUGACAGAAGAGCAGCAUCUAAGCCCUGUACCAUCUACAGAGGAGUUCUGUCAAACCCCUGUACCAUCUACAGAGGAGUUCUGUCAAACCCCUGUACCAUCUACAGAGGAGUUCUGUCAAACCCCUGUCCCAUCUACAGAGGAGUUCUGUCAAACCCCUGGACCAUCUACAGAGGAGUUCUGUCAAACCCCUGUACCAUCUACAGAGGAGUUCUGUCAGAUCCAUGUACCAUCUACAGAGGAGUUCUGUCAAACCCCUGUACCAUCUACAGAGGAGUUCUGUCAGAUCCAUGUACCAUCUACAGAGGAGUUCUGUCAAACGCCUGUACCAUCUAUAGAGGAACAGCAUCAAAGUUCUGCACCAUCUUCAGAGGAGUUCUGUCAAACCCCUGUAAAAUCUACAGAGGAAUUCUGUCAAACCCCUGUACCAUCUACAGAGGAGUUCUGUCGUACCCCUGUACCAUCUACAGAGGGACAGCAACAAAGUUCUGCACCAUUUAUAGAGGAAGAACAUUACAGCCCUGGACCAUCUACAGAGGAGUUCUGUCAAACCAAUAUACCAUCUACAGAGGAACAGCAUCAAAACCCUGGACCAUAUACAGAGGAACCACUUCAAAACCCUGCAUCUUAUACAGAGGAACCGCUUCAAAAUCCUGCAUCUUAUACAGUGGAACUGCUUCAAAACUCUGCAUCAUCUACAGAGGAGGUCUGUCAAAACCCUGUACCGUCUUUAGAAGAACAGUGUCAAAGCCCUGGGCCAUAUACAGAGGAGUUCCAUCAAAACCCUGCAACAUCUACAGAGGAGCAGCAUCAAAGUCCUGCACCAUCUACAGAGGAACGGCAUCAAAGCCCUGCACCAUCUACAGAGGAGCAGUAUCAAGGCCCUGUACCAUCUACAGAGGAGCAGCAUCAAAGCCCUGUACCAUCUACAGAGGAGCAGCAUCAAAGCUCUGUACCAUCUACAGAGGAGCAGCAUCAAAGCCCUGCACCAUGUACAGAGGAACAGCAUCAAAGCCCUGCACCAUGUACAGAGGAACAGCCUCAAACUCCUGUACCAUGUACAGAGGAACAGCCUCAAACUCCUGUACCAUCUACAGAGGAACAGCCUCAAACUCCUGUACCAUCUACAGAAGAACAGCAUCAAAGCCCUGCACCAUCUACAGAGGAGUAUCGUCAAACUCCUGUACCAUCUAUAGAGGAACAGCCUCAAACUCCUGUACCAUCUACAGAGGAACAGCCUCAAACUCCUGUACCAUCUACAGAGGAACAGCCUCAAACUCCUGUACCAUCUACAGAGGAGUAUCAUCAAAGCCCUGUACCGUCUACAGAGGAACAGCCUCAAACUCCUGUACCAUCUAUAGAGGAACAGCCUCAAACUCCUGUACCAUCUAUAGAGGAACAGCCUCAAACUCCUGUACCAUCUACAGAGGAACAUCAAACUCCUGUACCAUCUACAGAAGAACAGCUACAAAGUUCUGCACCAUCUACAGAGACAUUCUGUCAAACCCCUGUACCAUCCACAGAGGUGUUCUGUGAACCCCCUGUACCAUCUACAGAGGUGUUCUGUGAACCCCCUGUACCAUCUACAGAGGCGUUCUGUGAACCCCCUGUACCAUCUACAGAGGAACAGCAUCAAACCCCUCUACCAUCUACAGAGGAACAGCGUCAACGUUCUGCGCCAUCUAUAGAGGAGAUUCAUCAAAACCCUGAGGAGUUUCAUCAAAGUUUGACAUUCGCUCCAAAAGAGAUGCAUCAAAGUCUGGAAGAUAUACAGCCAAAGACCCGACUAAUUCUUAAAGCAUCUCCAACAGAGAUUCAUGAAAAUCUGGAAAUAUCAUUGAAAGAGUGCCAUCAGGAUCUGGAAGGAUCAUUGCAAGAGAUGCUUCAAAGUCAAGAUGUGUCUGCACAAGAGGCACAUGAAAACAUAAAAGAAUCACUGACAAAAAAUCAGCUAAAUCUGGGAUUAUCAACUUUAGAGGUGCACCAAAGUCUGGCAUUAUCUCCAAAAGAAACUCAUGAAUGUCACGAAGCAUCAUUUCAAAUGACUCAACAAAAGCCAUCAUUGUCUUCAAAGGAGACGUGUCAAAGUUUAGAAGCAUCACUGCAAGAAUUUCAACCAAGUCCAGCAUUAUCUCCAAAAGAGACCCAUGAAAUUUUUGAAGAAUCACUGCAAGAACCCCAACAUAGUCCAACCUCUCCAAAGGAGACCAAUCUAUGUUUGGAUGCAUUAUUGAAAGAGGCUCAUCUAAAUCUGGAGGYAUCACUACAAGAAAACCUUCAAAGUCCUGAAUUGCUUAAGAAAGACAUCCAUCAAUCAUCAACAUCAUUUUCAAAAGAAAUCCAUUCAUUUUCUGCAAGUCCUGUAUCGUCUUCUAAAGACAUUUAUCAAAGUCCGGAAUCGUCUCCAAAAGACAUUCAUCAACAUUUGUCAUUGUCUGCAAAAGACAUUCAUCAACAUUUGUCAUUGUCUCCAAAAGAUAUCCAUCAAAGUACCACAUCAUCACCAAAAGAGACCUCUCUAGAUACAUCUGUUUGUCAGGGCCAAGAAGUUCUCACACCAUCUCCAGAGGUGACCCAUCAAUGUCAGGCCUCUUCAUCAGAGGAAACCUAUCAAAGUCUGGAUGCAUCUCUAAGCCAACUCAAAGAAGGUCCUGCACCAUUUGUGGUGGAGAACUAUCAAAGUCUGACACUGUCCCAAAACCAAAGUCAGGUAUCAUUUUCUGAUGAGGUCCAGAAAAAUCCUACAUCUUCCAUAGUGGAGCCUGAUCACAGUCAGAGUCCAGAACCAUGCCAAGAACAUUCAAAUCAGAGUUUUACACCUUCUCCCAAACAUGCCCACCAAAGUCCUGCCCCUUGUCCAGAGAAGACCUAUUUAAGUCCUGGACCAUCUGUAGAGGACUUGUUGAAAGAGAUGCCUCAAAGCUCUGUACCAUCCCCAAAGAAGACUUGUCAAAGUCCUCUACUAUCUCUAGAGGUAACUCAUUCAAGUCCUGGAACAUGUCAUGAAGAACUUAAAAAACAUGUGCAGUCCUGCUCAGAAGUCCUUGAAAGUCCCUUUUCAUCUUCCAACACUCUCCAACAAGAUCCAUCACCAUCACUUGAAUGGAUCAAAUCCAGUUCUGGUCUACCCCCUACAAGCCCCCAAGAAAUGCCACCACUGUCUUUCAUAGAGAUCCAACAGAACACACUGGUUUCUCUUGAUGAAUCACCAGAAUUCAAAGAAUCACUGAACCCCUUAGAGAUUCAACAGAGUCCAGUUCAGACCGUACACACCCAUCCAUCAGAGAGUCUGACCGAGCUGGACCAUAGUCCUACCAGGGUUCAGUCAGAACCUGCAGAGUCUAAGAACAGUCCUGAACWCAAAACUCAACUCAGCAGAUCAUGUAGUCCUACAUCACCACCACCGAUUCCUACACAGGAGGCCAUUGGAUCAGACCCUGCACAAAACCUCUCUGUUCCAGACCCAGUACUCACACAACUGUACAAUAAGCCCAGCUCAGCUCCWUGUAGCCCAAAUCCCCUCCCAUUCAGACCCAGAUUGUGCAGCGUGUCCCAACUCUGUAGCCCAGUWCAGCUGGAGUGUGAGCAGGCUGUCAGACCUUUGGAGACCACAACAGAAGCAAGUCUUCACUCUGAUGGACAAGAAAUAAAAAGUAGUUCUGAUCACUCCCAGACUUGGACACCAGAAAGCCUUGAUCACAGUAGCCUGACUGACACAAAGGUGGAUCACAGUCCUUGUGACGGUCCAUCACUGUGCCCAGAAACUGUUGCAGCACAAGGUGAUAGUUUCACGCAACCUGCCUUCAGUUUUAGCCCCAUGCCAUUGGAGACGAGCCCCUCAAUACAGCCAGCUAGUCCCAGAACAGUACCACAACCUAAACCUGUUUCUUGUCAAGAUGAGGAGAUGGAAGUCCAUCCUGAUAGUCCAGUCCACACAGAGGCCACCAGUGGCUCUGGUCUUAGUUURUCACAGAUUAGUCCCUCACACCUCCAAAGUUUAUGCAGUCCCCCUUCUAACUCCUCACUUGGUUCUAUAACUCGUUCUGGUCCUGCAGAUGCCUUGGGUACCCACAAUCUGAGCCAAAUACCCUCAAAUGAUGAUGGUCAGACGAGUCCGUUAAGGUCUAGUCUUGCUGGUCAAGCUAGUUCUAUUCAGACUCCAUGUCCUUUCACUAAUAGUUCACCUCACAGUCCGGCACAGGCUGGGGAAACCCAGGACACACCCCAUCUACCCACUCUGAACACUGGAACCAGUACUGAUUUUACUGGAACACAAAGGAGUUCUGCCUCAGAUGUGGUCCUGUUAACCAGUCCAAUUAUCCAAAGCACUGUUAGUCUCCUCAGAUCUCCAGAACACGAGGGUCUGUCUGCUGUUAUUCCCAUCUCUGCUGGUCCUGAAUCAGAUGGGCCACUGAGCUCCUCACACAGAAGACCAGAAACCCCUGUUCACACUAGUCCAAGCCAUGUCAGUCUGGUCCCAUCCAGUCCCAAUCAGGACCAUGUCCCAAAGCCUCACUCACAUGCCAGUUCAUUAAGCUCCGCACACUCACAGGUUGGCCCUCCUCAUGAAGUCUGUACCUCAAGUCCUGUUGGUGGCCCUGCUCCUGGUCCUUUUAGUCACAUGCAGCUACAGCCCAGUCCUGAUCCUGCAAGUCCUGUAAAACCAGUAUCUAAGCUUGAUAGUUGUUCUGUUAGUUCUGUGCAGCAAAAGUGUAGUCCUAAUCAUGGUAGUCCAGCACAGCCAGAACUCAAUCUUGAUCCUUUUCCUGCAAGUCCUUUUCAGCAAAAACCUUGUCCUGGUCCUGUUAAUGCUAUACAGCCASGUCCUGGUUCUGGUCUAGGUUCUGAUGUUGCUAGUUUCUUAUCCUGUGAGGUCAGUCCUAAAAGAAAUCCUGUUAGCCCUGUUCCUGCCACCCUCAGAGAGGAUGCAGUCAGUUCUAGUUCUUGUCCCACCAACCAUGUACAGUCUGGUUCUGGACUUGGUCCACAAAUGGAGAUCAAGGUGGAGAUUGGAGCUGCUGAAGAUGUCUGUCCAUCAGAGGAGCCAAGAAGGAGCAGUAAGGAGGAGGAAACAGGAGGACCUGUUCCUCCUCGGGCCAUACCAGAGAGUCCAGGAGAGGAGGAGGAGCCACAUCACCAGGCUGAGAUGGUUACUGUCGGUUCUCCUUCAGGAGUCCAGCGCUCAGUUGCCGUCCCCUCACCUUCCUCUUCCUCACUUCACCCUCCUGCCUCACCACYGCCUCAAGCCAGCUCUCCAGAAGCCCCGCCCUCUUCCUCCCCUAACAAGACUGCCUUACUCCCCUGCUCACCCCAGGCCACGCCUCCUACAGAGGACCACCCUCAGGAAGACAAGGAGGCGGAGCUGGAGUGCAGCCAAUCACAGAGCCUGAUCGAGCCUAUCGCCAUGCCAACAGAACUCACCAAAGAUGAACACAAAUCACACACUGAGCCUUCAGAGAAGCAGGAAGAGGUUGUUGAGCAACAGCCAAUGAAAGAGAAUCAGGAAGUAGAGGAGGARGAGAAGAACCAAUCAGAUGCAGAGGAGGAGCCUCCUGUGAGUCCUGUUCUGGACCUGGACCCCUCUUUGGAUGAGGAGGUGAUGGACCUGAUGUCCUGUGCUACUGCCCCGUCUCUCYUGCACCUGUCCUCCCCCAUCCCACCUUUCACCUGCCGAGGGAAGGGGCGGAGCUUCAGGCCGCCUCCCUUCUCCUCUCGGCCCUCAGAUGACCUCUCCAUCCGCCUGAGGCAGUCUCCCUUUUCCACAGAGGCCUCCCCUGAAACCUCCCCUGCCAGGACUCCCAUCACCCCGCCCCCUCUCACCCCACCCUCCAGAGAGUCUCCGCCUCUGUCCCAGGCUCCGCCCACUACUGUGUACCCCAUCACCCCGAGGAUCGGCAUGGGGAAACCAGCCAUCUCCAAGAGGAAGUUCUCCCCCGGCAGAGCGCGGGUCAGACAGGUCACGAGGGUGGUGCUAACCAAAGGCUGGCGCUGUCUGGAGUGCACGGUGUGCGAGGCGUGUGGCGAUGCCAGCGACCCCGGCCGCCUGUUGCUGUGUGACGACUGUGACAUCAGCUACCACACCUACUGUUUGGACCCGCCCCUCCUCACCGUGCCCAAAGGAGCCUGGAAGUGCCAGUGGUGUGUGUGGUGCGUUCAGUGUGGCUCCGCCUCCCCCGGUCUGCGCAGUGAUUGGCAGAAUAACUACAGCCUGUGCGGGCCGUGCUGCAGCCUGAGCCAGUGUCCUGUGUGUCUGCGGCGCUACGCUCAGGACGAGCUCAUCCUGCAGUGUCAGCAGUGCAGCAGGUGGGUCCAUGCAGUGUGUCAGGGUCUGACCUCAGAGGAGGAGGUGGAGCUUGCUGCUGAUGAAGGCUUUGACUGCUCUCUGUGUCGGACACCUGGCCACGCCUCCUACG